AUGGCCAUCGGACCGACCCUUGGCACUGGCCUUUUCCUCGCCGGCGGCCAGGCGUUGGCUGUCGGUGGACCGGCCUCCCUACUUGUUUCAUACAUAUCCCUAUCAUUUCUUGUCUACUUCAUGGCCACCAGCAUCGCGGAAGUCGCUACCUAUAAACCAUCUCGCCACGGAACGGUAGUCAUGCAUGGAUUUCAUUACAUGAGCAAUAGUUUGGGAUUCGCCACUGCCUGUGUCCGCUGGUAUAUAAUGGCGAUGCUCGUCCCAUACGAAAUUACAACAGCGAUGGUCAACGUUGGGCUGUGGAACGCUGGGUCCCGCGUCGCCAUCUGGCUUGUAUUGAUCACCGUCAUUAUCGUCGCCUCAAACUUUCUCCCCGAUCGACUGUUCAAAAGCUCCGAGAGAGUGUUCUAUCGGAUCAAAAUCGGCACAUUGGCUUGUCUUCUCGUACUUUCUCUGUCGAUUGCUCUUGGAGGUGCGACUGGCCAUGAUCGCUGGGGAUUUCAAUACUGGAAAAGGCCUGGAGCGAUGCAUGAGUACUUAGUGCGUGGUCUACCGGGGAAACUCUUGGGUCUGUUGCAGUGUGUUCAUCUUAGCACUGCAGCCUUCACCUUUGCACCAGAGUUAAUUGUGCAACGAGCUGAGCAAAGAGAGGCCGCUGAUCAGCCUGAGAUACCCGAGAGCAUACAACCAGCCGCCAAUUCCAAAAUCCCGAGACGAGUUUACGGAGACGUCUGCCAGACUGUGCUUCCCUAUAUCCUGACCUCAUUGGCCAUGGGCGUCAUGGCUCCCUAUGAUAACCCGCUACUCACCAAUAAUGGAGCUGGUGCCGGCUUGUCUCCCUUCGUCAUCGGUAUCAACACUGCGAGAAUUCGAAUCCUCCCUGUGACUGCGACUCUUGCAAUCCUUCUCUCAUCCGUUACCUCUGCCCAGUCGUACCUGUACCUUGCCUCUCGUUCGCUGCAUGCACUGGCAGAUGCCGGCCAUGCACCCACCAUGUUCAAAAGUCGAAACCACUGGGGUGUUCCAUGGGUGGCUGUGGUUUUUACAGCAACUUUCACCAUGCUUGCCUUCUUGUCUGUCGCUACGUCCAGCUCGACCAUGACAACAUACUUCAUUCUCUUUGUGAACAGCUCUGGCUACCUUUCCUGGGUACUGUCAUGUGUCAUAUACCGUCAAUUCCGUAUCCGUUUGCACGCAAACAGAAUCACCACUGCUUACCGUCAUGCUCUCCAGCCAGUGGGUACCUCCAUCGGAUUCGCUCUCAGCAUCCUACUACUGCUGUCAAACGGAUUGAUUUCUGCUGUACCAGGCAGUCAUAACGGGCCCCGAGGAGCUAGGAUUAUGAUGGCAUAUAUCAGCAUACCUCUGUUUGGUCUUUUAUAUGCUGUUCAUCGAUUUGGAGAUCCCGUUCCAUGUCCGACUAGCGAAGAAAGCCGCAUGAAGCAAGUACACAUCGCUCCAGAAACCAAGCAUUGCCCACGACCAAGGGUACCAAAUGGGCGAUCACUCCAAACCCCCACCACUGUUGAGCUGGAUCAGGUCUGGACGAUGGCCAGGGAGGCAUGA